CAAGAUGGCGGAUGAAUGAAGGAGUUUGUCUGCUGGACUUUGAACUCAACCUUUUUGUUUAUUUUUACCACUAGAAUUGUAGCUUGGCUCCUUAGAUUAUAGAACUAAGAAUGGCAUCUUAUAGAUUGCUUCAUGGCAAUAAAAUUAGCGCGCUAAAUUAUUUUCGUUUUGUAAGAAAGGUAACCGGUAGCCAUUCAUUGUUGUCACAUUCAAGACGGUUUCAAAGCACCACACAGAGUUCUGAUGAAGAUAAAUACAUCCUGCCUAAAAGUAAAGUCUACACAUACCAUUACCAAGAUAGUCUACCAAGACUCCCAAUACCAAAGCUAGAAAAUACUUGUCACCGUUAUCUGGCAUCACAGAAACCACUCCUUACUCCUGAAGAAUAUGAAGUCACUAAGAAGUUGACAGAAAAGUUUCAAAAACAAGAAGGACCAGUAUUAAAUGCUGAACUCAUCAAGCAAGACAAGAUUAAUAAACACACAAGCUAUAUCUCAGCUUAUCCGAGCUACCAAUUUCAUCAAGUCUGCUGUAAGGUUCAAGAUAUCUCUGGACCAGACUGUCCUUGAGCCUGAUAUCUUUCACCUAAACCCAAAGAGAAGUGAUUCUGAUUGGUUUAAAAGCAUCAUAAGGUUUGUUCCUAGAAAACUGUCGUGGUAUGGUGCAUUCUUGGCCAAGGCAUUUCCUCUAGACAUGAGUCAGUAUAACAGGCUGUUCUGCUCUACCAGAAUCCCUAAUAAAGGAAAAGAUAAACUGGCUACGUUUGAAGGAGCCAGGCAUCUAUUGGUAAUGCAUAAAGGACACUUCUAUGUCUUCGAUGUCAUUACUACUGAUGGUAACAUCAUUCCAGCUUCAACAAUUUACCAGAACCUCAAAGAAAUCCUCACCGACCCCACCCCUCCACCAAGACAUCCCCUAGGAGUCCUCACAACCGAAGACCGUGACACGUGGGCUAGUCAACGUCACGCCAUCUCUGCCAUUCCUGCCAAUCAUGAGGCUCUAAAGUUGAUUGACAGUGCUUUGUUUGCAUUGUGUUUGGAUGAUGAAGCACCUUAUGAGCCUGCUCACUUGACACAGGUUAUGCUUCAUGGUGAUGGGAUGAACAGGUGGUUCGAUAAAUCGUUUCAACUCAUUGUCUGCAAACAAGGAGUAUCGGCAAUCAACUUUGAACACUCCUGGGGAGACGGUGUUGCUGUCCUUCGCUUCUUCAACGAAGUCUUCAAAGAUAGUUCUACUCGUCCGGCCAUCUCGCCACAGGAAGCCCAGUCAAUAAACUGUGAGAGCACAGUAAGAAAACUGGAAUUUUCUUUGACGCCUGAGUUAGAACGAGGUGUACAGGUAGCGAAGGAGAAAUUCGACGAUACGGUCAGUACCCUGAUCACAGAAACCCUAGAGAUAAAAAGCUAUGGCAAGGAUUAUAUUAAGACUAAGCAGUUGAGUCCAGAUGCUUAUAUGCAGCUUGCUUUCCAGAUGGGCAUCUACCGUCAAAAGGGUCACUUUGUGCCGACCUACGAGUCAUGCGCUACUGCGGCCUUUAGGCAUGGUCGUACCGAGACAAUCAGGUCAGCCAGUAAUGCUACCGUAGCCUGCAGUGAAGCAUUCGAUAAAUCACAUCGAGCUGGCGUUGAUGAGAUGGUGAACAGAAUUAAAAUAGCAACGGAUUGGCAUGCUAAACUCACCAAAGAAGCCGCCAUGGGCCAAGGGUUCGAUCGUCAUUUAUUCGCACUUCGAACGCUAGCAGAGGCAUCAGGACAACAACCAGACAUAUUCCAAGACUCAGCCUACACUAAAAUCAACCGUAUCCACCUUUCAACCAGCACCUUGUCCAGCCCAGCUAUCAUGAUAGGUGGCUUCGCUCCUGUUAUCCCAGAAGGCUUAGGGGUAGGGUAUGGGAUCUUCGAUGAUCGAUUGGGCUGUAAUGUGACUUGUUAUGAAAACGGUGGUAACGCCAAGGAAUUUCUGGAAUGCGUGGCAUCCAGUCUAGAAGACAUGCACACCGUUUUGAAUGGAAAGAAUUUCAAGCAGUAAGCGUGGAACAAGUUGAAACCUGUUCCUGGGCUAUGAGGCUUACAGAAAGAUACAAAAGUUCCCUCUCCCCCGAGAUUUUUAUCUUUUCUGGUUAUUUUUGUUUACGGAUUUCUCUUAGAAUGUCUUGUUGCUCUAAUUUUGGAUUCUCCUUUUCUGAUAUUUUUUCAAAAAAUUCUCUUGAGGCGGCACACCCCAUUUGAAGGAGCCCCUUUGACUCCUCAUUAGCUAAUUAAUAUUUUACAAUUAUAUUCAUUUCGUUAUUGAUUGAUCAAUAACGGGUUUCCAUUUGCCAAGGAUCCUUCAUGAAUUCACCAUGAAUUUCAGGACAUUUUGAAUUUUUCCACAAAUCUUGUUUUUACACGCCUAUAUUAUUGUCUAUGCAACGGAUUCGUUUGGCUCGACCAUGAGAGGAUGUGAAUUAACAAGAGUUAAUUUUCUUGGGAAGUUACAUUAAACAUUAUGUAGAAAUUUCUA